UGCUUACAAAAGCCCAACCACUGCAUUAUCAUCCAUUCACAUGCAUUUUUCACUCUCUUCCACUCAAUCAAAUCCCAGCUCAGCAACCUCACAAAAUUUUUCUUUAAAAAACCCGUCUUUCUGGUUCUAAAAUCACCCCAUCCAUCUCUUUUGCAUAUACCUUCAGUCUCUAAGCAAUAGCAGCCACUACUGCAAAUGGCUUCCAACAAAACCUGUGCUGUCCUUACAGUUUUCUCUCUUUUUCUUUUCAACUUAUCAUUCACCAAUGCUUGCCAUUCAUGCAAGCCACCAAAGCCCAUUCCACCACCUGCUGCAUGCCCUCCACCACCAGCAAAGCCUGCUUCUUGCCCUAAGGACACAUUGAAGCUAGGUGUCUGUGCUGACCUGCUUGGACUGGUAAACAUAGUGGUGGGAACACCUCCUUCGAGCAAAUGCUGUGCUUUGCUCCAAGGCUUGGCUGAUUUAGAGGCUGCCCUUUGCCUUUGCACCGCCAUUAAAGCCAAUGUGCUUGGGGCCAACCUCAACAUCCCUAUUACCCUUAGCUUACUCCUUAGUGCAUGUCAGAAGGAAAUCCCUCCAGGCUUCAAAUGUUGAUAUUUUUUUUAGGAAGCACAAUCAGUUGUUGAUGUUGGCUAAUGGCUGAGUUUGCUCUACUUUAAAUUUAUAUUAUGGUGCUGCAAAUCAAUGUGUCCUUGCUUUUAAUUAGUGUAUUUUGGUGUCGGAAUAGGACUAUUUAUCUAUGAUGUUUGUAUUGCAAAGAGCUUGGCAUUGUGUGAUGAUAUUUGUUCAAAUAAGUAGGCAUGUGGGUUAACAUUUAACUCCGCCUACUGUAAUGUUAUUUUGUUGUAAGGUUGUUAAUGUUAAGUUUA